AUGGCUGUGCUUGUCGUGCUCCUGUCGUCUUUGGUGGCGGGUAUCUUAGGGAACGAAUUCAGUAUAUUAAGAUCACCAGGAUCUGUUGUUUUCCGGAAUGGAAAUUGGCCUAUUCCAGGAGAGCGAAUCCCAGAUGUGGCUGCGUUGUCAAUGGGCUUCUCUGUGAAAGAGGACCUUUCUUGGCCAGGCCUUGCAGUAGGUAACCUAUUCCACCGUCCUCGAGCUACUGUUAUGGUGAUGGUGAAAGGAGUGGACAAGCUUCCUCUACCCCCAGGCAGUGUCAUUUCGUACCCUUUGGAAAAUGCAGUUCCUUUUAGUCUUGACAGCGUGGCAAAUUCCAUUCACUCCUUAUUUUCUGAAGAAACUCCUGUGGUUUUGCAGUUGGCUCCCAGUGAGGAAAGGGUGUACAUGGUGGGGAAGGCAAACUCAGUUUUUGAAGAUCUCUCAGUAACACUCAGACAGCUCCGCAAUCGACUGUUUCAAGAAAACUCUGUUCUUACUUCACUUCCCCUCAAUUCUCUGAGUAGGAACAAUGAAGUUGAUCUCCUUUUUCUUUCUGAACUGCAAGUGCUACGUGAUAUUUCAAGUUUGUUGUCUCGACAUAAGCAUCUAGCCAAGGAUCAUUCUCCUGAUUUAUACUCACUGGAGUUGGCAGGCCUGGAUGAAAUUGGGAAACAUUAUGGGGAAGACUCUGAACAAUUUAGAGAUGCCUCUAAGAUCCUUAUUGAUGCUCUGCAAAAGUUUGCAGAUGACAUGUACAAUCUCUAUGGUGGGAAUGCAGUGGUAGAGUUAGUGACUGUCAGAUCAUUCGACACAUCCCUUGUGAGGAAGACGAGGAAUAUCCUUGAGACAAAACAAGUGAAGGACCCCUCAACUCCCUAUAACCUUGCAUAUAAAUAUAAUUUUGAAUAUUCAGUGGUUUUCAACCUGGUACUUUGGAUAAUGAUCGGCUUGGCCUUGACUCUGAUUGUCACCUGUUAUAAUAUUUGGAACAUGGAUCCUGGAUAUGAUAGCAUCAUCUAUAGGAUGACAAACCAGAAGAUUCGAAUGGAUUGA